UUGAGCACGAUUGCAACAACAACUUUUCAUUCACUUUGCGCUCCAUAUUGAACUCUAGUGAAGCUGCAAGUGUCCUGAUGUAUUUGGGGCUAACUGACCAGCCGAAUAUUUGCAGUUGUCUGUUUUACUCUGUCAUAACUAAUAAUAAUAAAGUGCUUAGGCUACAAUUCAAUACAGAAUAAAACUGCAUAUACAUAAUAUAUACGUCCAGCACGCUGUAACAUCAAAUAGCUGUAAGCUUCGGAAAAGAAGCCUAAAAAUGUUAUAUCAACAAUAAAAAUUUUAUUAUUUUUUACACAAAUGAGCUCGACACCAGUGGGCGUGGCACAGCACAGAGGAAAAUGCCAGAGAGGGGGAGACACCAGCACCAGAGGAGUGAUGCGUAUGAUGAGUAUAAGAGCAAAGACAGGGACUACUCACACAGUCGAGACCACGCGUCGUACGAUGACAGAGGUCGUAACCAAAAGCCGAGAGACCUGGACGAGAGAGGCUCUGCUGGUGACAGGAGGACCAGACAAAACAGACAGAGGGACAUGACAACUGCCUCCCACAAUGUGCCACCUGCUUACAGAGACCGAGACCAUGAAGGACCCUCGAGACUGUCCAGAGAGACUUCAGAGUACCACUCUGAAGGGGAGUAUUAUGAGCGAAAACACCGACAAGCUCUCUACAAUCUCAGAUACAUCUUAACCAGCAGAGGUCUGUGCCAGCUGAUGGAGCUGUUUGUGAAUCUGCUUAUCGUCAUCUGUGCCGGAGUGCCAUACAGCAACAACGGGGGUUACCGUGACCUGGCCAGCCUCGGUGGGAUCUACUAUUAUCACUUUGGAGGAGCCAAUGCCUUCACUGGAGCCGAUGCAGAAAGGGUGAAAGAGCUGGACCGACUUUUCCAUCAGCUCUCGCGGCCGCCAUAUGUCUUCACCAUGGCCUGCGGUGGGGUUUUGAUGGUGUACGCCUUGGCCAUGCUUGCUCUGGGGAUUUUCAGGGUCCCUUACCGCUGGCCCCCUGUGCUGCUAGCGGAGGCUCUGCUGAACUUCCUGAUCGGCCUGGGCUACAUCCCUGCGCUGGCCUUCUACUUUAUUAAGCUGCAGGGAACUUACAACGAUCCCAUCUGCAAGGAGAGAGAGCAGAUGUACAAGAGCAAAGGGCACCAGGGCUUUGAGUGUCAGUUCCACGGUGCAGAUAUCGCAGGAGGUCUGUUUGGGGUGCUCGGGGUGUUUGUGUUCAUCUUUGGUGCAGUUUUAGCUGUCAGAGCUUUCAGAUCAGUGCGGGAGCUGAAGAAGCAAAGAACAAAUGAGGACAAUAAUUUUUAAGGCUUUUCUCCUCAAUAUAUUUGAGCAAAAGUGGAAAUCCCUGUGACAAGAAUACAUGGAAGGUUUUUUGUCAUAUUUGGUGUUAUUGUGCAUUCACAAUUGUUGAAUGUGAUUUGUGAAUCAGCUUUUUUUUUAAUCCACUUUUUAUACUUUGGAGAAUUUUUUUUAAUGGGAUAUUGUGUAAUACUGUUUUAUUCCAAUCACAAGUUUACAUACCUUUGUGCUGCCUUUUUGUAAUUUCUAUAAAUGUGUAGCAAUA